AUGGACAAAGGAGACCCAUUGCUUCAACUUGAGAGAAGGAGAGGCCACCAUCACACUAAAGGAUGUCGCCAUCCUAACCCAUCUCCCCAUCGACGGCAAACCGGUGUGCGUCAGUGA